AUAAGAUGAAAAUUAGUCUACAGUUGAAGGAUGACGUGAAUCCUGUAUUUCGCCCGAAACGUCCAGUAGCGUAUGCUAUGCAGUCGAUGGUUGAAGAUGAAUUGACCAGGUUAGAGGGUAAUGGCAUAAUAACACCCACUGAUUCUUCGGAGUGGGCAGCUCCGAUUGUGGUAGUACGGAAGGCGAACGGAACAGUCCGAAUAUGUGGCGACUAUUCGACAGGUCUGAAUGACGCGCUUCAGCCGCAUCAGUACCCGUUGCCUAUACCACAAGACAUAUUUACAGCCAUUGGAAAAUCAGCUGUUUUUAGUCAGAUUGACUUAGCAGAAGCUUUUCUCCAAGUGGAGGUAUGUGAAAGGAGCCGUGAGUUGUUGACGAUAAACACUCACAAGGGGCUUUACCGUUUCAAUAGAUUGCCACCGGGAGUAAAGACAGCACCUGGUGCAUUUCAGCAAAUCGUUGACUCAAUGUUGAGCGGAUUAGAAGGUGUCGCGGGUUAUAUGGAUGACAUCAUUGUAGGCGGUGCUGAUGAGGAAAGUCAUUUGAAAAACUUACGCGCAGUUUUGAUUCGUAUCGAGGAGUUUGGUUUCAAGCUACGGGCAGAAAAAUGUUCCUUUUUGAAGCCCCAAAUCCGAUACCUUGGACAUUUGCUAGACCGGCAGGGUAUACGACCAGACCCAGCAAAGAUUGAAGCGAUUUUGAAGAUGCCAGCGCCAACGCAGCUCAGCGAAGUUCGUUCGUAUUUGGGAGCGAUAAAUUACUACGGUAAAUUUGUGUUUCAAAUGAGAGAUUUGCGUUACCCCUUAGACCUUCUUUUGAAAAAGGGCGGAGAAUUCCAGUGGACAGCUGAAUGCGAAAAAAGUUUUCGCCGCUUUAAGGAGAUUUUAAGUUCAGACCUUCUCCUGACCUAUUAUGAUCCUUCCAAGGAAAUUAUUGUGUCAGCGGAUGCUUCAUCAGUAGGUCUUGGAGCUACGAUCAGUCAUCGGUUUCCAGAUGGUAGCAUAAAGGUUGUUCAGCAUGCUGCUCGUGCUCUAACGAAGGUGGAAAUGAACUACAGCCAGCCGGAUCGCGAGGGUCUUGCAAUCGUGUUUGCAGUAACAAAGUUCCACCGCAUGUUGUUCGGACGCCGCUUCAUCCUCCAAACCGACCACCAGCCGCUUCUUAGAAUCUUUGGCUCACACAAUUUCGGAAAUGCCGACAUACUGUCCAGGUUAAUGGACCGACACGAGAAACCGGAGGAGGACUACGUCAUUGCUAGUAUCCAGCUAGAGGAUGAUAUUAAUCAUCUAGUAACCAGUGCUACUCAAGCCCUACCGUUGAACUUUAAAGAUUUGGAGCGUGGUACACAAGCAGAUCCUUUGUUAAGGAAGGUGUUCCAGUUCGUCCAAAAUGGUUGGCCAAAGGGUGAAGAGAAGACUGAAGACCUAAAGCAAUUCUUCGCACGACGAGAGGCCUUAUCUACGGUUGGAAAAUGCCUUUUAUUCGGAGAACGGGUAGUAGUUCCCGCGAAUCUUCGGAAUCGAGUGUUAAAACUGCUACACAAAGGUCAUCCUGGAGUAUGCCGCAUGAAGGCGCUUGCAAGAGGGUAUGUGUAUUGGCCGAAAUUGGACAGCGAAAUCGAGAAUGCAGUGAAGACGUGUCAGUCGUGUGCAAGUGCGGCGAAAUCUCCAGAGCAUUGCACACCAGUGGAUUGGCCAAAAACUACAGGCCCCUGGCAGCGUAUUCACGUUGACUACGCUGGACCUAUGGAGGGAGAGUAUUAUUUUCUGGUUGUAGAUUCCUACUCGAAAUGGCCGGAAAUAAUACCAACGCGUCAAACCACAGCACAAGCGACAGUUCAAAUGUUACGGGGAUUGUGUGCACGGUUUGGUAUACCAGAAACUGUCGUAAGCGAUAAUGGAACACAGUUUACAAGUUCGGAGUUCCGUGACUUUUGUAUGGAGAAUGGUAUUCAUCACGUGCGGACUGCGCCAUACCACCCGCAGUCAAACGGCCAAGCCGAAAGGAACACGCCGAAUAGAAUCUUGGAUCAAAAAUCGCCGGGGGAGAUGAUGUUAAAUCGCAAGGUUCGAACGUCUCUGGAGAUGUUGCGUCCAUCAUUUCGCGAUAUUCGACCAGCGGAUCCAGUGGUGGCCGACGAAGCUACUAGGAGGAGUUUCUCCAUAAACGACCGUGUCUACGCAAAGCGAUACCAUCGAAACGGCUGGGAAUGGGUAUCUGGAGUAGUCGACAAGCGCGUGGGUAACGUAAUGUACAUGGUCAAAAUCGAUGGCAAGACCUUGCGCUAUCAUGUGAACCAGCUUCGGAUGCGUAAUGCAGAGACCAACGAAGGGCGAACUCAGCAACCAAUGCCACUGAAUGUGUUAUUAGAUGCCUGGGAUAUGUCUGGAACAACGGUGUCAGCAUCCUCAUCUGAAACAUCGGCAGCGACUACAACAAAUCUUGCGGAACGUGAGAUGACACCUGCGGAUGCCGCCUUAAGACGUGUCGUUGCCAGAAGAGGACUAGUCGCUGAGCUACAUUCGGACAAUCGUACGAUUUUCAAGGGCGCGUGUAGCCAGAUGCAGGAAGUCUACAAACUGCUGAACUCUGAUGAACAUCGGGAGAAUUAG